GGCGCUAGCUGGGGCGCCCAGCCCGGAGUCAACCGAGGAGGCGGCGCCAGAGCCCGGCCCCGCCCCUUAAAGUGCCCUCGGCCCGCGGACCACGCAGGUCGCGCCGCCGCCGAGCUGGGCGCUGCCGCCCGCGGGCUGUGUUCCUAGUCGCUGCCGAAGCCGGGCGAUGGUAGUCUGCUGCUCGCAGAAAGCCGGGGCACGCAGAGGCGCCAGCGGCCCUGCGCGCCCAGAGCCUUCCCAGUCGGCUGUCCAGCCAGAGGGAGAGAACUGUGUGUCCCGGACUAGCAAGCCCCCUAACUACACGCCACACUCCUCUCCGGGACCCACCAGCUCCCACCCCGCUGGCCCGCUCCUCCUCCCCGGUGAACGCGGCGCACGGGCCGGGCCAGAGAAUGCGGCUAGGGUAUCCGGAGCUUGGCUCCACGGAGCUCAGAACCCAGUUGAGAGUAAUAGAACCCCGCACUCAUCUGCACGCUGCUUUGUAUUUCAUUUACGUAGCAAGCUUUGGGUCGACGCCAGCACGUGCCCCCACCCCUACGCAGAUCCUAAAGGAGCCUCUCUUCUACACUCCUAAAGUCAGUGUCCCUACCAGGCCCGUCUUGCUCCACAAGUUUUUUCACCCAAGAACACCCCCAACAGCACUAGUAAGAACCCGCAACCCGGAUUCCGACCACCCGGUUCUCCAGAAGACAAUACUCCAAUUCUCUGGGAAGUGGGAGAGACCAAGCUGCAUCCGGGGGUACUUUGGGACCCCACUCGGGCUUUGAAAACGCCAAGUGGUUGAUUAAUCUUCUAAGCACUCAGAAACCUUCCGUCUUAAUCUUGGUUUACCAACCUCAGCCAGAUAGUUAUGGCUGGAUGAAAGAAGCUGGCUCUAACCUUUCACUCUGUGACCAUCUCCUCUUCUACCAUGGAGAAAGCCUUGUUGCCCCUGACUGUAACAUCUGACCCAAGGCCCUUUAAUCAACAACUCCCUGAGCCUCCAGACCCAAGAUGUGUCUUGGAACCUCAGGACAGCCUGGAAUUGACCCCUGCCCUUGUGUGUGCCCUCUGCUGCUGCUUUGGAAUCAUCUAUUGCUGCUUUGUGCAUCCAUUCUACCUCCUGAUUUUUCCCCUUCCCCCCUCAGAAUUUCUAAAUGCCUUCCUUCUAUUGCUGGGCUUAUCCUUUUCUUGCCCUGUCCUUGAGGCCCCAUGCCAUGCUGCUCCUGGCUUCCACUACUUUUCCCCACAUACCAGUACCAUCCCUUUAGGACCUCUUUCCACCUCUCAAUGCUGCCUACCUCCAUUCCCAGGCUACCGCUGCUUCAAGGCAGUGAUGUUUCUCUCCGGUCUGCUGUCAGGAGCUCUGGUGAUCUUCCUGCUGUGCCAUAAGGAGCGGGUGCUGGAGACCCAGUUGAGCCUGGAGGUGAGCGCAGGCAUCGCACUGGGCAUUGGACUCCUCUGCGGCCUGGUCACCAUGCUGGUUCGCAGUGUUGGGCUUUUUCUGACUGGUCUCCUGCUAGGCCUGACCCUGGGUGCUGGGGCCUUACUGGGCACUGAACCCAUCUAUCAGCCACCUUCAGCCUGGGUGCCAGUCGGUGGACUGAUGGGGCUGGCACUGCUGGGAGCCGUGCUCACGCUUCGGUGGCCACGUCCGUUCACAGUCCUAGGCACAGCCCUGCUCGGUGCUGCGGUGCUGGUAGCCUGUGCCGACUACUUCCUGGAAGGACUGGCGCUGGGCACUCGGCUGGGAGAACGCCUGCAGGCACUUCCAGAGUUGCUUCCUCUUUGCUGGUAUAGCUGGGUCUUACUGGGGACCUGGCCAGUCUUGGGGGCUCUUGGGACACUGACCCAGUGGAAACUCAUGGCUGAGGAACGUGGAAUCCACACCAAUGUGGUCUUGAGCCACCAGCGAAGGCAUCUCCCGCUUCUUCGGAUCCAUCAGCAAGAGGCCAAGUGGCAUCGGAACCCUUCUGGGGUGGGACUGUGUGAAGGCAGCUAUCAGAGCCAGCUUCGCGCCAAUAUCCAGAGCCCUGCUCGUGUUGUGGCUCCACCUUAUCUCCAGAGUCUUCGUGAGUGCCAGCUGGGACCAGGCGCCCAGGCCGCAGGCCCCCCCACGAUCCUGGACCUGGAUUCUAACUGCAGUUCCGCUGCCCUCUUUACCACACCUUCUCACUCUGACCAGACCUGAGCCUAAACCUCCAAUGAUACUGAUAAGUGGGCCCGAGCCCACAGAACCUUACAGAUUUCCCUGCCUCUUGGACUUGGGGAUAGGUUCUGUACCCAGACCAACCCUUUAGAGACAGGCAGAGAAAAUUCUUAGAAAGAUGAAAUACCUACCUCUGUCCAGCAGUCAAGGUGCCUUGAUCCCUAGAGACACUGACUCCCACCAAGGAGGUUUACCCAAAAUAGCUCUUUAUUAGCUCCUGUAAUGCUGAGACAGAACUCUGUGUUGUCCACAGUAGACAAGCGUUCUACCAAUGAACUACAGCUCACUCUCAAACACCCAUUUUGUUUUCAUUUGGUUUGGGGUUUUUUGUUUUGAUUUGUUGUUGUUAUUUGGGUUUUCUGUUGUUUUGGGUUUGUUUGUUUGUUUUUGAGACAGGGUUUCUCUGUCUAUCCUGGAACUCACUCUGUAGAUCAGGCUGGCCUUGAACUCACAAGAGAUCAACCUGCUUCUGCCUCCCCAGUCCUGGGAUUACAGAUGUGCACCACCAUGUAGGGAGAAUGGCACAGAAGUGCUCUGAUAUCUCCCAGCCCCCAGGCUCCUUCUUAGGGGGUAAUUGGGCUUCUGGUUAACCUUUCUCCCUGGACCCUCUAUCUAGUCUUGAGUCCCCUCUACCUCCAGGGGGGAGCACCAUCCUCCAUGGUGAUUUCCCCUCUCUCCUCAAUGGGACAAGACCACAGUAUCUGCCUCAGCUCCCCUCUCUCCAAGCUGGUUCCUUGCUCCCAAAGAGCAUUGGCUUACAUGGCUGACUCUCGCCUUUUGCUCAGAGGAGCCUGGUAUUCAGGGCUAUAUGGUAGUCAAGUGCCUUCUGUGUCUCUCAACAUAGGUAAUACUAAUUUCCUCCUAAAAACUAGAAUUUGGGUCCAGCCACUAACCCACUCUAACACCCUCCUCUGACUUGCCUGACCAAGGUCUGCUUCCAGCUUUCCCAGAUAGUAUGAAGGAAGACACCUCCCUCCCCCAAGCAGAGAAAGAACAAGGAAAUAUGGGAAUAAAAUAGCAUUGAAAAAUCAACUGGGGAGUUAGGCCUCUACUGUUGCUGCUUUUCUUUCUUUGCUUCACAGAACAAAGCUAAUCUUCCCCUCAAAGAUUUGCUUUGGCACCGUUAUCAUAGACACUACCAUAUACAAUGUAUGCAUAC